AUGAAGCCCGAGAAUGGAGCGGCGCCGUGGCACCCGGCCAAAAGGUUCUGCACCACGAGAACAAACAGCACAAAUAUAUAUCGGAAUUUAAAAACCAUCGACAAUAUCCGAUCCAUUUCAGGAGCUGCCUGGGCCGGCUGACCACACUCGAAACGUUGCUUCUCGUGUUCCUCGGUCUCAUCAUCACCGCGCUGCUCUCUGUGUUAUUUCUCUGGUUAUGGGUACUUGACGGAUACAAAACGUUCACCGACGGCCGUCCCAUCUAUCCGCUUCCGUUCGAAAACUCCUCGGUGGCCGUGGAUCGGACGGCGAAGAAUCACAACGACGUCGUGUGCACGUCACGCGAAUGCGUCCGACUCGCCGGAUUUCUCGCCGAGAAUCUCAAUCCCAGAGUAAGUCGGCCAUGUUUCUAAACUCUGAAAAGUUGUUGAAAAUCUUGCUCAAACGGGUUACAAUCUCAAGUAAAUGUCUCUUCCAUUCACGGUCGAAUGAUUUCAAUGGGGCGCACUUGCAACAGGCGGACUGUGUCGAUUUACGCGGCGGUUUCAAAUUUUCAACGGGAGUUCGCGUUCUUUCCAUGUUUUCUGUACAAUACACCUAUUUUUUUGUACGCCUGGAACCUGGAUUUGAAUAAUUAGAGCACUAGCUACGUUUUGGUAACAGAAAUCUCGCAUAUCGUUGAGAAUUAGCCGAGUUAUUUCGAUUUGAAGGUUUUGGCCUGGAUUUUGAUGUUUUUUGAAUAGUUUUUGAAAACUGCUCAAGAAAACCAACCGCCGAAACCUGAAUUUUGUAAAGAAAGAUUCAGUGAACAUUUUUAUCGUUCGUUGGGCUCAUGAAAUGCAAAAUGAGCUGAAAUAUAAAGGUUUGAAGUUUUGACGAAAUGCGAAAAAGACGCUAAAAACAUGAAAAACUCGAAAUUCUGUAAAGAACGGUUUCCAAUCAGUAAAAUAUUGUUUUCUAGACGUUUUUCAAGUCAAAAAGAAAGAAAUAAAGGUCGUAAACUCGAAUUGAAGUGCAUUUUUAGACCUGCAAAUUUUCAAAAGUUACAACGACACUCCGCAAUUUAUGAGCGCACUGUGUUUAGCAUUAGCGCCCUGGGAGACCGUGCCAUUCAAAACGAUAUAUCUUUUCUGCCUGUAGAGAUAUCAGAAAGUGUUCAAUUGAUACAAUGAGCAUUUCAGCCGUUGACAACUUUUUGAUAUCACCGACGGCGGCUGAGAUGUACCGGUUUUUCGGCAGCCUUCAUCGCUUUCGCUUUCCAGAUAGAUCCAUGCGACGACUUUUACGAAUUCGCGUGCGGAAACUACGGUCUCAACAAGAAUUUGCCGGCGAACAAGCCGCUGCGUCAUACGAUAAGUGACGUGCAAUCGCGACUCAACAAACAGGUCAAAUCGAUGCUGCAGUCGUCGAUUUCGUCGAAUGACAAGUCGUGGGAUAAGCUCGCCAAGGGCUACUAUCAAAAGUGUUUGGACGAGGUGGAGCUGGAGUCGACGGGAGUCGACGCGAUGCGGGACAUUGCGAAGCGGAUCGGCGGCUGGCCCACUCUGGAAGGCGACAAAUGGGUAGAGUGGACGCAUUCCUGGGAGGAGCAGAUCGCUCUCGUUCUCAAUUUGACCGGCGUCAACGCGGUCAUCCUCGAGAUGGCCGUCACGCACGAUCCGUCGAACAGCAGUCGAAGUGUGAUCGAGCUGGACCAGCCAAAGUGGGGCGCCGGCUCCCGAUACCCGUACCUGAGUGGCGCCGACGAUCCGAUGCUGCGAAACUACACGACGCUCAUGAAGAUGACGGCGGUCGCGUUGGGCGCCGAUCCGGCCGUCGCCGAAAAGGAAAUGAACGAGGCGAUGGAGUUCGAGCUGAAAUUGGUGAACUUCUCCGCCGACGACAUGGUCCGCAGGGAUCCGGAACGCGGAAACAACCGAUUCGAGCUGUGGCAACUCAAAAACGUCUUCCCUUUUGUGAGUUUUGCUUUGCCGGCGUGUGCAAAGGGACAAAUGACAGUUUGCAGAUAAAUUUCGAAAAGUAUCUGAGGACCGUAUUCAAGGAGCUCGUGGAUUUGUCUCCGAAUCAUACCGUCAUCGUUCGGGAGAUUGAUUAUUUCGUGGGAAUUCAGGUGAACAUUUUGACUUUUGAGUGUGCAAAUGCGCUCCACCGCACUCACCACUUUGCAUCUAUUUUUCGCUUAAAUUUUCAGCAAAAAUGGUCAUUUUCCCUCAUUUCCUGUCUUUAAAGCGUAAAUUGAACACAUUUCCACGUGGUUUUAUCAAAAAACGGCACAUUUUCAGCACGUGCUGCAAUCGACGCCGAAGCGAGUGCUGGCCAACUACAUCUCAUGGCGACUGGUCCAAGGUGGGCCGACCGGCGACUAUUUCAGUACGUUUCGGCCAGCUCAACACCAUUUUCCAUCCUUUUUUGUGCUUUUACACCUCAAAACGACAUUUCGUGUCUAACCACGUGUGUUCCCCCGCCGGCUUCUUUCCCUUUUCCCGUUUUCCUUCUGAUUCAUUCUUCUGUGACGUGAGCGUGUCCGCCGAAACGUAUUGUUAUUGUCCAGAUUUUUCUCUUCUCUUUUUUUUCUUCUUCUUCUGCUUUUUUGCAGCAGGCUUCGAAUACGCGUAUUUCCUACAGGUUUCUCGCCGUUUUUGCCGCCCUCCGCCCGCGAGCCGUUCUAUCAGUUCAAGGCAAAUCAGACGGGAAUGUUCAAUAGUCCGCCGCCCGACAGGUACGCUAGCCUACGCUAAAAUCGGGGAGUUUUAAACACGCACUAGUCCCCCGGCCAUGUCGAUUUACGGCCAUUUUUUCAAAGAGUUUUCUUUAAAAGAAGUCAACAUUCUUCUCUAGACAAGCAAAACGCUUGAAAAAUUGCAAAAGUCAACGAAAAAAAUGCCCGUUUCUCUUCCAUCGCACAUUCAACGUUCCAGAUGGGAAGACUGUGUGACGCUGUCCGUAAUCAUGAUGGACAUGCCGGUCGGACGACUGUUCGUCGAGAAUUUCUUCGAAAAGGAAAGAGCCAUGAAAAAAGUGAGUCUCUCUCAAACGACAACGUUCCACGUCGUCUAUUCAGAUGACCGAACUGACGUCGUACCUCAAAAACGAGUUCAUCAAGCAGUUGCACGUGCUGGAUUGGAUGGACGAGACGACGCGUCGGCGGGCGAUCUCGAAAGCGAACAUGAUCGAGUACAAGUCCGGCUUUCCGAUGGUUCUCUUCAAUGACACGUGGAUGGAGAAGAACUGGGGGAUGGCGAUCAAACCGCGCGAGUUCCUGCUGCAUCUGACGAUCCGCGUGAAGCUCGUCAGGUUCACCGAGGAGUUGCUCCGUCUCGAUCAGCCCCUCGACCGCAGCAUGUGGUUCCAGAGCCCCGCGCAAGUCGACGCCUACUACGCGCCGAACAACAACGAAAUGAGUGAGACCCUCGUCUCCAAGUCUUACCGUAACCUCGUAUUACAGUAUUCCCGGCCGGUAUCAUGCAAUUCCCCUUCCUCACGCUCGGCGUUCCCAACUACAUCACGUACGGAAUGGUCGGAGCGGUCAUCGGACACGAGGUUUCGCACGCGUUCGACGAUCAGGGCGGGCAGUACGAUGAGCUGGGGAAUCUGAACGAUUGGUGGGACGCCGAGACCGAGGAGAAGUUCAUCGAGAAGACGAGAUGUUUCGUGCGGCAGUACGAGAAUGUGCACGUCGCCGAGGCGGACAUCCACCUGAACGGGCAACUGAGUCUGGGGGAGAACAUUGCUGAUAACGGAGGUGUCAAGACAGCCUUCAAUGUAAGUUUCUUUCUUUUAGACGGUACUUAUACCAUUGGAUAGAGCGCCAAAAAUCAUAAUUAGGGCCGGAUCUGGGUCCUCUCUAAAACCCCUUUAUCUUUGGACUAUUAUAUCUCGAGAUCCUAUAAUUAUUCCAAAAAAUGGUCAACUAAGAACUUGUAGCAAAUUUUGUGCUCAACAACUUUGUAGUUGAGCAUUUCAUCUCAAAACCCGUCAUUUUUGAGUUGUGGUCUAGUUUCUGAACAGUAUCCAGUAGCGCGACGAGAAAGUGCUAUGAGGCCCGAGAUGAGGCCCUAAAUGCAACCCGAUGUAACUUUUGGCGCUCUAUCCAAUGGUAUAAGUGUCUUGAGCACUUAUUUUCUUAGUGGCACGCCUCCUUUAACUUGGUCCCUAACCUGGUGCUUUCAGGCGUACAAGGCGUGGAAGUCGAACACGACGGGCAUCAGCGAGCCGGCGUUGCCCGGAUUCCAGAACUUUACCAGUCAGCAAAUGUUCUUCUUGGCCUACGCUAACGUGAGUUUGCCGCCGAUCAACGAACUCGCGGUUGACGUGUGGAAAAAACAUGAUACUUGCGAAAUAGUCUAAUUUUCUUAUCGGCGUGGAGUCUGUGACUCUCGGAAACUGAUGAGGUCAUAAAAAUCAUCGAUCAGUUGCCAAAAGCUAAAAGAUUACUUUUUUUCAUGAUUGGAACUGAGCGCGUGCUGCCGAAAAUUUGAAUUUCCCACCGAACACGCGAUCGAGCGUUCGCAAAUGACUGAAAUUCAAGAGUAUUCGGCAAAACCUUUAGAAACACGACAAUUUUCGGUUUAAUGGCUCGUUUCCAGAACUGGUGCUCAGUGGUCCGUCCGAAGCACUACAUCCAGAUAAUACUGACGGACGUGCACGCGCCGUCCAAGUACCGCGCCAUGAUUCCGCUCCAGAAUCGGCCCGAGUUCGCGAAGGCGUUCCAGUGCGCGAUCGGAUCGCCGAUGAAUCCGGAGAGGAAGUGCCAGGUGUGGUAG